CUGACAGUUGCGGUUCUUCAAAAUUUCAUGGGAAAUGUCAUCUCGGAAAAUAUUUAAUUGGUUUAUUACUGAAAAUGGAAGAAAAUUCAGUUUUUAUGCCGCUGGGGCGGCUUCUACUUGUGCUAUGCUUUUAAAUUUUCUACCUCAAACCAUAUUAUUGGAACAGUAUAAAGAUUUAGUACAAUUAUACAAGAAGGGUUUAUCAGUCCCAGUGUCUCUUAAAUUAAAGGAACGUUUUUUAAAAGCCAUAGAAAUAACUCAGGUACAUCCAUUAGACAGAGAACUUUUUAAACCCUUUUCUGCAUAUGGAUUUGAAAUUUUUAGUGCUGGAAGUAUUUUUAGCAGAUAUGGUGUAAUAGUUGGUUUACCCGCUAACUUUUCAUAUGAUAGUCUGGAUGGUAUAGAUAAAUCAAUAAUAAAGGUAAACAAUGAACCUGUACCAUGGGAUACAGAAGAAGGCCAAGCCUUAUUAAAUUCAUUGGUACUGUCAGAAAAUGCACAAUUGUAUGCAAUAGCAAGGGAAAUUAGGUACCGCCAAACAUCAAAACCACUCUUGGAUGUAUUUUUGGCGACAUCAUCAUGUUUAGUUGCUUAUGGACUUGGAAACAAAAUUAACAAAAAAUUUAAUUUUUAUAUGCAACCAUUUCCAUUGCGUUUUAUAAUGUAUAGUUUGGUUGGACUUUUUGUUGCUGGUAACUACAUAAUCUGCAAAGAUUUUUCCCAAAUUUAUUAUGAAGAAAGCAUAGACAAAGAAUUAAAAGAAAUUCCAGAAAUGGCUAGUGGCGGAAAAGAAUUUUAUGAAAAAAUUUUACAAAGAAAUGUUGCUUUAAGAAAACUUAUGGGUAAAGAUGGGGAAAAUUUAUACACCUCUUCAGGGAAUGAAAACUAUAUGGUCAGAUUAAAACAUAUUCCUUUAGUUCAAAGAAAAUCAUUUUUUGAGAAAAACAUCCCAGCAUAAAAAGAUUAUAGACUGACCACCACACAAAAAUUGUAGUCAACUGAUUGUAGCAAAAUUGCCAGUUCAAAUGUGCUAUUUUCAUUUUAAAUAUUAAUUUGUUUUGUUUAAUAAACUUAAAAUUUUU